AUGAUCAUUCUGAGGCAUCCCCCUGAGGCUUUCCCUUCCAUCCCGACCAGGGCGCCAAACAUUGAGGGAUGGGACGGGAUCAGCCAGACCUCGUUUCUGGGCCCGGUCUUGUCAGUGCCCGCCGCCCAGGCCACGACUUGCGAAGACUCUAGGCGGCCCGGCCAAGUCUCCAGAGCGUUUGGACUCGACCAGGGCACAAAGGAUGGGAGGCAAGUACCUAAGCUGGUCAGCUUUCAAGAAGACAAAGAUACCCCGCGGACACAUUUCAAGAGGAGGACAGUUCAGGAGAAGGUGAAGAGAUCAGACGGCGUCCGUGGCGCAAGACUUCAAAGAUGCAUCGCGUCCAUCACUCACCGUUUGAACCCUGGAAGCUUCUGCCCCGCAUCAUCGCAGCCUGGUGUCGUCAUGGCACAGUUUCCAGAGAUCCCGAGGCCUCCCAAGCCUCCCAAGGCCCGGAGGAUGGAGCUUGCUGGAGGCGCAGAGCCGCGCGAGUGCCCGCCUGCCCGCGUCCUGUCGCGGCUUGUCGUCGUAGCAGGUUCACCAUUGGCCCGGAGGCAUUCCAUCAGAGAUGGGGCUCCACGGCCUGCAUCGCCGCGCCUCCCGGGGAUCACCGACGUCCCGGGCAGCAGUUGA